UGCGGCACCGGCCGGGGCCAGAGCCUGGGCGCUGCCCCUUCCCCCGGUGAAACAGAAAAGGUUACUUUAUACAAGAAGUACCUUGAGUUCGAAUGCCCUGCAGCCUCCUGUAGAAUUAAGCUGCUCUCCAUUGGUGAGAAACAAAGAGUACUCAUCAGUAAAAUAAUUGUGCAAGUGAAAACAGCGUCUACAAAAUUAGCAGCUGAUUUUCCUUCGCUAGGCUCAAGCAUAGAUCUAGACAGAGUGCAAACUAUAAUGGAAUCCAUGGGAUCUAAAUUGUCUCCAGGUGCUCAGCAGCUCAUGGACAUGGUCCGAUGUCAGCAGAAAAACAGUUUACAUCUUGGAGACAAACUUAAUUGGAUCUUUGGGAAAAAUUCAGACUUUGGAGGUGACCAUGCAAUAGACGGAUUGCGCAGUGCAGCUAUUCAGACAUCACUAGAUCAAUCAGCCAGUGAACCUUCGCCUGUUAAAAAUAACUUCUCAAGUGAAACAGUGUAUGAAGACUUAAAAAUAAGUCAUGAUCUGAACACACAGAUACCUGAAAGGGGGAAUGCUUCUGAUCCUGAAAAACUCACUAUGCAGCAAAAUACAGUUGACCUCAGAAAUUAUUUUAAAGUCAUGGGAUCUCUGCAUAUGCAGGAACAGGGGAGCGAGACCCCAGACGUGGCUAAUCCACAGGUGCUGCUGCCUUUUCUUCAGAACUUGUGUACUCGGGUAAAUUAUCUUCGGCUAAAGGAUGGUGAUAGGCAUCUUGGUAAAAACCCAGUGACUAAAGAGGAAGGCAUUCAGUGUGAUGGAGGAGAACAACAGCCUAUUUGCUCCUAUUUGGAAAAGAUCAUCUCAAAAAAUAUGGAUCUGAUGGAGAAGAAACUAAUGGACUAUAUUGAUCUCCAAAUCCAGGCUCUUCAGACACACAUAGAUAAUAAAAUGGUUCUCUUAAUGGACUUGGUUCAGAACUCAAAGCCAAAAACAAUUUCACAAGCUCACUAUGAUUCUAAUGAAGGGUUCUCUAACGGAGAGAGAUAG